GGUGAACGGUGGUAGUUCAAAGGUUGCAAUUUUGUUGUCUUUGUGUAAAGGAGUGGAGCUCGAUCUCGCAUCACUCUUCCCUCUUCCCCGAGUCCUUUCUAAACUCUCCCCCGGGUUUUUACCCUCCCGAACCUCUCCCCUUCUACCCUUAAAACCCCAACCCUCCCCCGGAUCAGUCAGCAGCGCUCUGAUAAGAUCUGUCUCUGUGACCAAAGACCCCCGGUUUUGUACAGACCACUACAGUUGCAGUUAUGGACUCCGGAGUGAUUGAAGGCGGACUCAAUGUCACCCUUACUAUAAGGCUGCUCAUGCACGGCAAGGAGGUUGGAAGCAUAAUUGGAAAGAAAGGUGAAUCUGUGAAGAAAAUGAGAGAAGAGAGUGGGGCUCGUAUCAACAUCUCUGAAGGCAAUUGUCCUGAACGGAUCAUCACUUUGGCAGGUCCGACGACAGCCAUCUUUAAAGCGUUCUCCAUGAUCAUAGAGAAGUUGGAAGAGGAUAUCAGCAGCUCAAUGACAAACAGCACAGCUACCAGCAAGCCCCCAGUGACCCUACGCAUUGUAGUACCUGCCAGCCAGUGUGGCUCACUCAUUGGGAAAGGUGGCUGCAAGAUCAAGGAAAUUCGAGAGUCAACCGGUGCUCAGGUACAGGUGGCAGGAGACAUGCUUCCCAACUCCACAGAACGUGCCAUCACCAUUGCUGGGACUCCUCAGUCAAUAAUUGAGUGUGUUAAGCAGAUCUGUGUGGUCAUGCUUGAGUCUCCCCCUAAAGGGGUCACCAUCCCCUACCGACCCAAGCCUUCAGGAUCACCCGUCAUCUUUGCAGGUGGACAGGCCUAUGCUGUACAAGGACAGCACGCGAUCCCACAGCCAGAUUCUUCCUCUGCUGCUAUUUCUCCACAGCUCACCAAGCUUCACCAGCUGGCUAUGCAGCAGAGCCCUUUCCCUAUUGCACCAGGCAACCAGGGAUUCACUGGGAUAGAUGCUUCUGCUCAGACUAGUUCCCAUGAGAUGACCAUUCCAAAUGAUCUGAUUGGAUGCAUCAUUGGCCGCCAGGGAGCCAAGAUCAAUGAGAUCAGGCAAAUGUCAGGUGCCCAGAUCAAGAUCGCAAAUCCAGUGGACGGAUCAACUGACCGCCAGGUUACCAUCACAGGUUCGCCCGCCAGCAUCAGUCUGGCGGAGUACCUCAUCAAUGCAAGUGUAGAGUCCUCUAAACCUCCUCCCUCCUCCUCCUCCUCCUCCUCCUUGAACCCUGAACAGACCAGCUUGUGCCCUCCUUCCACCUCUACUACUACUACUACUACCACUACUACUACUACUACCACCACCACCUCCUCUGCCGCUACCUCCUCCUUCUCCUCCUCUUCCUCCUCCUCUUCUUCUUCUUCCUCCUGUGUGGCGCCCCCUACAGCCUCCAUCCCUCUGUCCUUGUUGGCUCCAGGGCCACCUCCUUCCUCUUCCUCCUCCUCCUCCUCUUGCUCCUCCACCGACUCCCUGCUCCCCAGCUCACCCGCCUGUGUGUCGAGUCUCCUCAGUCUCAAGCCCCUGCCUCUCCUGGCCCUCCAUGUUGUCAGUGGGGCCAGUAACCCCCCACACCCAAUUCCUACUGAGCCCAAAGUCGCCCCCGAGCUGGGCUCCAAGUCCAAAAGGCGAAGGCUCUCCCCUUACUAAUGAAGGAAACAUAAGUCAUCUCCUCCUGAAGUGCUGACAGUGCUCUUUAUUGUCUGUACCUGCACUUGCUUUUGUAUCUGGCUGUGCCAUGCCUCGCUUACAGCACAAAGCAGCCCCUUGUAACACAGCCAGAGAGGUGGUUAACGCCAUAUUUAUAAAAUAUCUGUAGCUUGACUCUACCUGUCUCUUUAAAAUGUGACAUGUUGAGUGCAUUAUAUUUUUAAAGGACUCUGAACUUAGCAUGGACAGGGAAUAAUUUAACCGAAUCACUCUCUCUCUCUCUCUCUUUCUCUCUCUCUGUGUAAGCUCUGCUCAGGUAGCGGCUCCUUUAAGAUGUCACGUUGUACUUGUGGGAUUAGUUUCCUUCUAGUUACUUUUAAGUGACUGUUGUUAAAUUACAUAAAAGAUGGUCUCAUUGUGAUUUGUUUGCUAAUGUAAGAAAAAAAGCAAAGUAAUUUUGAAUCAAAGUAAAUCUUCCCUCAGGUAUCCAAGCCACUUGUUCAUGCUUUGGGUUUUGUUGAUAUUAAAAAUCUAAAAAUACUCAUCUGCUUCAGCUUACCAAUUAGGAGAUGAUUACUAAUUAGACACCAGAAAUAUGUAGGUAAUUCCCUCUCAUCUCAAGAAGGGGAAAUUUCCUACCUCUGUUUUUGGGACUAUGAAGCUUCGGCAUUUAGCUCAUAGGCUUAGCUGUUAAAACUGAAAACAGGAGCGAAACAAAAGAGGAAUCAUAUUUGGAGUCCCAUUCAAGGCAUUUUUAAUUGGCUGUUCUCAUCUCCUUAUCCAUUUGUCUGAUCCUACUGUUCAUGUUUUUACAUCUGCUGUGAAACGUUGUCAUUCAGGCAUGUUUGUUAGGCAUGGACGAAAUGGACUUACAUCACAGUAAGCUGUGGUAUUUACUCUGGCAUUAAAAAGCCCCAGACCUUGCGCAUGUUUUCCCAUAUUGUGAUGGCGAAAAGCUCAUCGCAGAAGAUGAACAGUGAACAUUUAUAAUUGGACACAUUCUAAAAGCUGGUCAGCAAUUAUGGGGAGGGUUUGAUUUCUAUAAUACCCAAUAGACUUUUCAAUUAUUUGUUGAGAAGGGUAUAAAUAUUUUCAACAUGCCAUGUUUUUGUUAAAUUGUACAUAAAAAUACAUAUUUUAAAAAAAAUUAUAUGAGCAAUUGAGCAAUAUCUCAUGUUUGUCAUCUGAAAACAAACUUCCUGGUUAACUGAAAAUGACUUUAAAUGUAAAUCAACCAGGGGUAUGAAUAACUAAGAGCUUAAGAGCUCUAAUUAAUAUGGACUUUUUUUGUUCUGUUAAUCGAGGAAAAAACAAAGGAUUGUUAAAUCGCAGCUUUGAGAAAAGCCAGGCUUGCUGGCUGUUGGCUCCUGUUUUGCAGAGUUUCCACUAAGCCUGAGCAGCUUAAUUUUUUCCUCGUAUCCAUAAAUAGUGCCAGUCCCCUUACUAAGCUUGUGAUUAUUUAACACGCAACCCUUGGCUAGUUCAUUCAUUUGUAUGUAGCCCGACUUUGACUAGAUGCUGAGUUGAGAUGUUUUUUUUAAUUUGUAAUACAAACCCCUGAAGCUAGACACGUAAUGGUUUUCUGUAAGAGCACAACAUUUCCUGGUGUAUAAAGCCAGAUGACCUCCUUCCAGAGGUUUUUAUGGUAAUGAUGUAAUAAGUAGAGUAAAUAUUGAUGUUUUCUCUGUUCUGUCUGAUUGCAUGCCUUCCUCUCUCUCCUCCCCUGCUCUCUGGAUGUGUAUCUGUUUU